GAUGCUCCGGGAUGGGAUUGAUGCUCCGGGAUGGAAUGGAUGCUCCAGGAUGGGAUAGAUUCCCUGAGGUGGGAUGGAUUCCCUGAGGUGGGAUGGAUGCUCUGGGAUGGAGUAGAUUCCCUGAGGUGGGAUGGAUGCUCCAGGGUGGGAUGGAUGCUCCAGGAUGAGAUGGAUUCCCUGAGGUGGGAUGGAUGCUCUGGAACAGGAUGGAUACUUGGGGUUGGAGGGAUGCUCCAGGGCAGGAGGGAUGCUCUGGGAUGGGAUGGAUGGAUGGAUGGAGGGAUGGAUGGAUGCUCUGGGACAAGAGGGAUGACCUGGGACAGGAUGGAUGGAUGCUCUGGGGCAGGAGAGAUGGAUGCUCCAGGGUGGGAUGGAUACUCAGAGCUGGAGGGAUGGUCCAGGGCAGGAUGGAAGCUCCAGGGAGGGGAUGGAUGGAGAGAUGGAUGGAGGGAUGGGUGGAGGGAUGGAGGGAUGGAUGGAUGCUCUGGGGAGGGCUGGAAGCUCCAAGCUGGGAUGGAUGCUUUGGAAUGGGAGGGAUACUUGCGGCUGGAGGAUGCUCCAGGGCAGGAGGGAUGGAUGCUCCAGGGUGGGAUGGGUAUCCCUGGAUAGGAAGGAUGCUCUGGGAUGGGAUGGGAUGGGAUGGGAUGGAUAUUCCAGGACAGGAAGGAUGCUCUGGAAUGGGAUGGGAUGGGAUGGGAUGGAUAUUCCGGGACAGGAAGGAUGCUCUGGGAUGGGAUGGGUAUCCCUGGACAGGAAGGAUGCUCUGGGAUGGGACGGGAUGGAUAUUCCAGGACAGGAAGGCUGCUCAGGUGGGAUGGGAUGGGUAUCCCUGGACAGGAAGGAUGCUCUGGGAUGGGAUGGGAUGGAUAUUCCAGGACAGGAAGGAUGCUCAGGUGGGCUCCAGCUCCCCCCACCGUUCCCAGCUCUCUCCCAGCUGUGCGGCUCCACAUCUGGAGCUGCCCACCCACCACUCCCAAGCCUGGAUCCCGGAUCCCAGAUCUCUGCCCGUGCAGGAUCGGGCCCCGGGGCCCCCCCUGUCCCUGUUCCCAUCCCCAUCCCUGUCCCGGAGCCCCCGGGGCCGUGGGGGUCUCCUCUGCUCGUUAUCAAUCAUCAUCAAUAUCAACACUCGAGUUAUUUUUAGCCCGGGGGGGGGGGGGCCCGGGGGGGGGGGGGGGGGGGGGCGGGGGGCCCCCGCCCCGCCCCGCUACCCCCCGGGGGGUGUCCCCGUCCCCCCCUUUGCCCCCCCCCCCUCCCCAGCUGGGAAGGAGCAGCGGGAACUUUGUACAUAAAAGGGUUAAACCCCAACCCCUUUAACCCCA